UCGUCGUCUGACGCUUCCGAACACGUUGCCCGCCACGCAGAGAACACGGGAGUCCGGUGUAAGCGUGCGGUAUCGAACGGGACACUAGUCGGGCGCGGUAAGGUCCCUAAAACGGUACCGUUCGCGAGCUGGCUGCGACGGCGAUAAUGUCAUCGACGAGGGUUGUGUUCGUAUGGGAGACGAAGACUCGACGGUAUUGCGGUUGAUGCGCCGUUGUAGCUGAUCAGCAGCCCAGUUGCCGUGUUUGGUUCGCGGAUGGUGUUAUUGUUUUUGGUAUUUAAUUGUUGUUUAUCCCCUUUCUAACACGCUCGAUGUCUUUAACGAACGUCUCCGCGGAGAACGACGGACGGAAUUCCCGGUAGACGCAAACGUGGUAGCGGUAGGGGCUGAGAAAACGGGAGGGGGAGACAACGACCUAAUGAAAUAACGAUUAGCCGAACAAAAACAACGAAAACAGCUGGCGGUGUCCGAGAGACGUUUUUCGCUCCACACCGUGGCCAACCUGCCGCAGUGGUUUCCUUAUCGGAAACGAUAACAAGUUUCCUGCAAACAUAUUAUCAUCAUGUCGUUAUCACUACAACUAACCGAGAUAAUGGCUCUAUGAUCAUUUCCGACAAGUAGAAUCUCGUAGUAUGGCGUAAAAUGUAAUCUUGCUUUGUGCAUGAAUCAUUUUCCCCAGAAAUUUUUGUUUUCCGUUUCGUUUCGAUGUCAUUAGAUCUCAAAAGCACGGUUCACCGCUGAAGCGUCUCGACGGCCAACGCUUGCCGAUCAGCAGAUAGUUGAUAUCGUACGUCCUACAAGAUUCCAGCAUCAUGUUUGAAUUAAAAAUAAGCUGACAUUAAUUAAAAUACCGCGCUAUGGCUUUUUUCAUGCAUUUAAGCCGUGAAGAAUAUUCAGAAUUUGUUUGCGGUUGUGGAGCUGCUAUUAUCAAUGUUGGCAUUACCUUUCCUAUAAACAAAGUCAUAUUCAGACAGAUGUUACAUGGAGUAGGCCUUAGAAAUGCAGCUUCUCAACUUGUGAAUGAAGGAUUUUCUACACUUUAUCGAGGAAUUGGCCCACCAUUACUUCAGAAGACAAUCUCGACAUCAUUAAUGUUUGGGACUUAUGAUGCAAUUCAAAAACCACUUUUGGAGUCUGAUUUAGACUCUAGAUUAGCUAAAGUUAUUGCAGCAUUAGUAGCUGGAACAGCAGAAGCCUCAUUAACUCCAUUUGAACGUAUUCAAACACUACUUCAAGACAACCACUAUAAUAAAAAUUUUAUCAAUAUGCGACAUGCAAUAAAAGUGAUUGCCCAUGAUUAUUCCAUUUCUGAAUUUUACCGUGGUCUUACACCAAUUUUACUACGUAAUGGGCCCUCCAACAUUUCUUUUUUUUUCUUACGUGAAGCUGCUAAUUCUUAUAUAGUCAUUACUCCAACAGCAUGGACUGGCUAUAAAUUUUUUAAAGAGUUUUUAACUGGUGCAUUUAUUGGUGCCCUAAAUAGUGCUCUAUUUUAUCCUUGUAAUGUACUCAAAGUGCAUAUGCAAAGCAACUUGGGUGGUCCAUUUCAAAACAUUAAAGAUGCAGCUAUUGAAAUUUAUCGUGAACGUGGUAAUAAAGUGUCAUAUUUUUAUCGAGGAGUUCACAUGAAUUAUACAAGGUCAUUUGUUAGUUGGGGUGUAAUUAAUGUUGCUUAUGAAAAUUUAAAAUAUUUUUUAGUUAAAAAUUAAAUGUUUCUUUGAAUUAGAUAAACUAUUUUAUUUUUAAAU